AUGAGGGUGUUCGGGUUCAGCCCUGAGUUCAUUGCCAUGGUCGGUAUGCUCUACGGAGAUAUUGAAAGUGUACUGAAGGUCAACGCUCGUACCUUGACAGAUGGUGGAGGAGGGUGUACUCUCCACACUAUUCCACACCUGGGUGACACCUUCCUGGAGAGCAUGCUCAGACAGCAUGGGCUCAAGGACAGGUCUCCUCCCCGGCGUGUUCCAGAAGCCCCUCUCGCACAGGCUGUGAGGUGGGUACGCUCCCAGGUGAGGGGUGUGUCGGCCCCUCUGCUGCUCUGGAGCCUGUUUGCCUGCAGUGCCACCAUCUGUCUACUCCGGGGACUGCGCCACUCCUGUGCUACGACACACAAACACAAACCCACCGCAACCAAUUCUGACCACACAGACACCAUACAUGAUGGUAACUCCUCGCUGGAGGAAGAGGAAGAGCACCAAGAGGAGGAGAAGGAGGAUGAGGGGAAGGAGCUGAAAGAUGAUACUGUGGAGGAAGAGAAUGGUGAAAGAAAAAAAAAAUAGUGUAGCAGAGGAAGACAAGCAGAUGGAGGAGGAGGUGGAGGAUGAAGAUGAGGAAGAAGAGGGGGAGGCGAGCGAAAAGGAUGACAUGGAAAUGCUACGAAAGAGAAUGAAUAAGUGUGAGGAUGAGAGGCAGGGCAACUCCCCAGUUAGUUGAAGGCUAUCUGUCCAAAUGACCUGUUUGUCUUAUUUUCUCUGACUAGAAAACAGAUUGUAUUUUUCCUGUUUUCAGUCUGAGAAAAUAAAACAUUUGUCACGCAUGUCA